AUGUUUCGAAUCGCAAAUCUUCGUUUUUUUACCACACAAACAAAUUUAGUCCAUUUUCAGAGAUCCUUGUCACGCACGAUGUCGAGCGAACUCAUCCCUUCCAAUCCGUCGGAUGUCAUGGUCACACGCAAUGUCACCCCUAAUAUCGUAACAUUUUCUGUCCCAUUCGCUAGAUUUGGCAAAGCCAAAAUCGGUGGCAGAGGAACGCUGGUGAAACUGACCUCGGGUUCUUUGGCUGCGUUUUCCCCUGUUGCGCUGACGGACGCGACCAAAACUAAAGUUACGGAAAUGGGUGGCAAAGUCAGUUACUUGGUCGCACUGGAUAUUGAGCAUCACAUCUUCUUAUCAGAAUGGGCAAAAGAGUAUCCUGAUGCCAAAAUCAUUGGUCCUCACGGCCUACCGGAGAAGCGAGCCCAGCAGCACGACUCAAAAAUCGGCAGAGAGGAAUUCGCAGUCGUGUUCACACCAGAGCAGAAACAUGAGACCAAGAUCAGCGACGAGUUUGAUGCUGAUUUCGACUAUGAAUAUGUUGAUGGCCAUGCCAACCGCGAGCUUGUGUUCUGCUACAAGCCUGAAAAGGUGCUGAUUCAAGCCGAUCUGUUGUUCAACCUGCCGGCCACUGAGCAGUACAGCAAAUUACCAGAGAGCGAGCGCCAGGCGUCAGGUGUCGUGGACAAGCUGUUUGCAAAGCUCCAAAGCACCGAGGGCGAAGCUAAAUGGAUCAAAAGAUUUAAUUGGUACAUUCUUGCCAAAGACAGACCGAGCUACAACGACAGUCUCAAGGUUAUCGGGGGCUGGGAUUUUGAUACCCUUAUUCCUUGCCACGGCGAUGUCAUCGAAGGCAAUGCAAAGGAAGUUUUUGACAAGGUUUUCGACUGGCACUUGGGCGGCAGAAAAUAA